GGAGAGAAAGAGAGAGCAAGAGAGAGAGAGAGGUGAGAGAGAGCAAAAGAGAGCGUGAGGGGGAGGGAGCAGGAGCGUGUGUGUGUGCGCGCGCGCUUGUGUGUGUGUGUGUGUGUGUGCGCUUGAAGGAUACAGAGAUUGAGACUGCAACAGAAGUAGAGGGAUGUGCAUGGCUUGGCUGCAGCUGUCCUUGCAGUCUGGAGAGAGCGCUCGGCGGCGUAGAGCAGACCGGCGUGGAAGGCAAGCCCUGGACACGGAGCUAUAAAGAGAGAGAGCUGCGCACCCCAGAAAGAGGAGGGCAGAAGUGCGUGCUUUUCCGGUCCCUCCAGGUGUCAUGCAGGAUUCUCUGAGCGUUUCUCUGGCAACGGCGCUGUGGAUUUUGCGCGAGCCGCUCGGUCUCUCUCCGGGGAAACGCUUGCAGGCUUACCUCCUCCCGCCAGACUGCGGUGGUCUUUUCCCUCGGUGAAAGCCCACAACUUCUUGCUGAGGAAGGGGGGGGGGGUUUGAAGAGGGCAGUCGACAAGAAAAAUAUAACUGAAUGAUACAUUAAUCUGCAGACCCUGUGUGACUAAGGAUUCCCUUAGCAACAGCUGAAGGAGUUAUAUUAAUUGGUCGUUUUUUUGUUUUUGUUUUUGGUUUGCUCCCAGCUUCCUGGUUUUUUGGUGGUUCCCCUAUGGACGCGUGUCGGGGAGUGGAUUGGGGUGCUGGACGGCCAUGAAUAGGGGCAUGACAGACGUCGGAGGGAGAGCCGAGCGCCCCCGCUGCCUGGACCUUACCCCCCACGUCCCCUGCCCUACCUGGCCCCUCUUCUGAACGGGAAACAUUUUUUGACGAGUUGCUGUAUCUCUUUUUUUUAUACCAGUUUCUUCCUUUUCUGCAACCCAAGAAUCAAAAAAAAUGCUAAAGCGGGGACUGUCGAUUCCAGGCUUCCUUCCUUCCUUCCUCCUGGACAAAAUAACAAACAAAAAAUAAAAGGGACGUGUCACAGAGGUCCCAGAAGAGAGGGCCACGUGCAGCCAGUGAAUUUUUUGACGUGGGAGUAAAGACAACUCCAGCCCAGGGCCAUUGGAAUAAGCAGGGAUAACAUCAUUGCAUUGAACACUGUCCAAUGUUUUUUUUUCCUUUUCUUUUUUUCUUUUUUCAUUUUUCUUCCCCUCAUUAGCCCACGAGACAAAUUCACACCGGGGAGAUAAAUUUAGAAAGAAUAAGAAUCUCAUCCCUACUGGCUAACAAUGAUUUAGGACAAAACUAUUUUAAAGAAAUUGAGCUAGCGCUGGGAGUUCUAUUUUUCCAUUAGCGCUGGAUACCGCAGCGCUACAGGGGAGGUCAGAAUGAAUCCCUUGUUCGGGUCGACAGCCGCGGUUGCUCACGCUUUCCCCGGGUGACCCGCGACAGGGGAACGACCGAGGCACAGCACUGGAGAACCGUUUAGGAAUGACUGACAGGGGAAAGUGAAGAGCGAAGGAGGAAACUCCAUCAUACAGACUACAGUGAUACACACCGCUCUGUACAGUCUCUAUAGAGGCAGAGACACACGCGCAUGUAAAGGCAUAGACAGUACACAUAUACAGGCACACAUUUGUACAUACAGAAACAGACACACACAGACACAGACACACACACACACUCACGCACACACACACACAUGCUCUCAAACAGCGAUGAGUAGGCUCCGUCUCUCAUUAUGUAAGGAUUCUCGCCGACUAGGUCUCCCGCUGUCUUCCCCACCGGCUUUGCGGCGUUCCCCCGGCGCCCCGCUCCCUCUCCCUCUCGCUCUCCCUCUCCCGCCGCGUUUCCCCGCCGACCGAGGGACAUGGGCCCGUGGACGCGACGCGCGGACAGCUAGACGACAGGAGCGGCGUCCACUGCCCAGGUGCUUUUAAGAUGUUGAGAUCUCCCUCCGACUCCGGGGCUCCCGUUUGGAUCAGUACCGCCGCCGCCGCCGCCGCGGCUCCUCGUGGCCAGAGACAUGGACCCCGAAUCGGCUCCCCCCCGACCACAGCGCGCCGCCCCCCGGCCCCACGCCGCCCUGUGAAGGAUGUCCCUCAGCAGAGCGCCAGCCCGGGACACCUCUGAAACACCUCCCAGCCAGAGAGAGCGAAUCCGCAGCCACAUGAAGAUGGUGAUCGACCAGCUGGAAGGCAUCCUCAAGGAGCUCAAGGAUGUGGCCAAGGAGCUCCGGGAGGUGGUCGGUCAGAUUGACCAGCUCACGUCCGACUUUGACUUUGACCUGGAGCCGGACGACUGGACGGUCGCCACGGCGAGCAGCACGUCCAGCAGCGAGAGGGGUCUGGGCGACGCCUUCCGGCUGGACUUCCUCAACCCGGACGUGCUCUCCGACAGCUGGGAGUUCUGCAGCUUCCUGGAGAGCUCGCUGUCUCCGAGCGCCGCGCCGCCCCAGAAACCUCCCGAACGAGCAGAGGAGGAGGAGGAGGAGGAGGAGGAGUCACGGCCGGCGCGGGCGAGAGCGACCGCGACCGCGACCUCGCCCGGGACCACGCCCGCGACCGCCACGGCGUACUCGCAGAUGAACGGGGGCCUCCCCAUCCCCAACGGGCCCCUGAUCGUCACCCCGGACUCCUCCAGCGAAGAGGCGACCAGCUCCACGCACAGUCACAAGACCUCCCGCAACUCCGGCACCAGGGAGCGGGUCCGCUUCAGCGACAAGAUCCUGUACCACGCCCUGUGCUGCGACGACGACGAGGACGAGGAGGAAGAGGGGGAGGAGGAGGGAGGCUGCGGGACGCCGGAGACGGACAACGAGCUCAGCCCGCCGGUCGCCUCGCCCACGGCCACGCCCCCGGCCACGCCCAAGCUCCCGCCCUCCGAACACUCCCACCACAACUGCCUGGACCCCUCCCCUCUCCCCUCGUCUUUGCGGGCGGGCGGGGGGCAGACGGCUUUGGGAAACCCCACGCCUGCCAAAAAGGGUCUCCUCAACCCGGGCUGCCGAAAGAAACUGGUACGGAACAGCAGCACGCAGACCGUGUCGGACAAGAGUACCCAAACUGUACUGCCCUAUAUACCAGCCAAACAGAAAACAAAGGACCUGCAUUGAGACGACACAAAAACUUCAAACGAGACAAAUAAAGGGACCGUGUACACUUUAAUAUCGAAUAUAUAGAAAAUAGAUUAAUAUACGAAUAAGUACAUAAAUAUUAUAAAAUUAAAUAAAUGAUAUGUGGGAAA